AUGGGCAAGCCGGUAUAUAUGUACAGUAUGGGAGGCCUUGCUGAAUUCUGUGUUGUCCCAGCUAAUGCAUUGUCAAUUUUACCCAACUCAUUGCCUUAUACGGAGUCUGCUAUUUUAGGAUGUGCAGUUUUUACUGCCUAUGGUGCUAUGGCUCAUGCAGCUGAGGUCCGCCCUGGUGAUGCUAUUGCAGUGAUUGGCAUAGGGGGUGAAGCUUAUGAUAUGCAAGAUAAGGGUAUUCAUAAAGGAGACAUAAGAACUCAACCUCGUCUAUGGAAGGCCAUAUCUAUAGCACGGGCAUUUGGUGCUUCUGAAAUUAUCGCUGUGGAUGUUCAAGAUGAGAAAUUGCAGAAAGCGAAAAUGCUUGGAGCCACACACAUCAUAAAUGCACGAAACGAAGAUGCCGUUCAAAAGAUUAGAGAGAUGAUAGCUCAUCUACCCCUUUGUUCGAUUGAAUCCCCAAAAACUGUUCUGGUUGCAGGCGGCAGUUAUGUUGGCAUUCUUAAGGAAAUUUCUCAUUACAGCUCUAUGGAGCUGAUUGAUAUUUGUGAGAUAGAUGAGAUGGUAAUAAAUGUUAGUAAGAAGUAUUUUCCAGAGUUAGCUGUUGGCUUUGAGGAUCCUCCUGCUCAACUUCAUGAAAUAACUGGAGGAAUGGGUGUGGACAUUGCUGUUGAAGCCUUGGGAAAACCACAGACAUUCAUGCAAUGCACACAAAGUGUUCGAGAUGGUGGAAAAGCUGUAAUGAUUGGCCUUACACUCUCUGACGCCAAAGGGGAGAUAGAUAUAAACCGUCUGGUUCGUAGACAGAUAAAAGUAAUUGGCUCUUAUGGAGCCAGGGCAAGGCAUGAUCUUCCCAAAGUAAUUAAAUUGGCCGAAACUGGUAUCUUCGAUCUUACAGCAGCUGUUUCACGGAAAUGUAAAUUUGAGGAGGCAGGGAAAGCGUAUGAAGAUCUUAACCAGGGAAGUAUUGUAGGGCGUGCGGUGGUGGAGAUAAUGUAG